AUGCCAACGAAAUUCAUUUCGAUCGCGAUAUAUCUGUUGAGCUUCAGCUCUCAUGCACGUCCCAGUGCAGGCCAGGCACCCGCGUUUUACCAUUCUACAGACGAUAUUUCUGAGGAGCUCCAGCAGCUGGCCGAGCGCUGCCCUGAUCUUUCGAUCCGGCGGGAGCGGGUCGGGGACGAAGCUUUCAUCGAUAUCGCUUCGGUAUCGCGAACGAAGCAACCAACUACUCGAUUCUUCCUUCUUGCAGGAGAGCAUGCAAGAGAGCUGAUCGCCGCUGAAAGCGCGCUUCACUUAAUUAAGGCCUUGUGUGGGGAGGAAAAAAGUCUCCUCAAAAAAGCAGAAAAAGCACUUGAAGAUACCUCGUUUCAAGUGAUUGUGAACGGCAACCCUGUAUCCAGAAAGAAGGUCGAACAAGGAGAUUUCUGUCUUCGGGUGAACGAGAACGCCGUAGAUCUCAACAGGAAUUGGAAAGCGCACUGGAGUCCUAGGGCGACCAACCCGGAUACAUAUCCAGGAAAAAGACCCUUCUCAGAGCCGGAGACACAAGUGUUUCGACAAGCUGUGACGGAAUUCAAGCCUAAUUUAUUCCUAUCCUUGCAUUCGGGCACCUUGGGAAUGUACAUGCCAUGGGCUUACAAGGAAGCAGAACCGACGGAGAACGAAACAAGGAUGAUGCAGAUCAUGGAUUAUCUGAACCAGAAGUUUUGUAAAUGUCCAUGCGGCCCAGCAGGAGAGCGUGUUGGUUAUCGUAGUCCAGGGACCUGCCUGGAUUUUGUGUAUGAAUCUCUAAGAGUUCCGUUCGCCUAUGCAUUCGAGGUAUGAAGCAUUCAUCUGUUUGGUGCAAAAAGCGAGAAAACAAGCACAAGCAGAUAUACACUGAACCUUCCCAACGCCGUGAACUGCUACGGGCCUGGGAAUCAAACAAGCAUUUUCACGACGCCUCCAGUGACUUCUCCGGCGAAAUGA